UCCCCCCAAUAUAUAAUAUCCUUUAUUUUUCUUUCCUCUCUCCACACAACUCUUAAAAACAACAAAAACAAUACUCUCUCUCUCUCUCUCUUACCCAUCUUUUAUCAUCUCAACGGCUCUUCGUCUUCUCUCUCAAAUCUCACCACCACCACCACCACCACCUACGACGGCGCGUGCUCUGUAUGGGCCAAUCACCAUCCAUCCCUGCUAACUCGCCCGAGUUAACUCGCCACCACUCUCGUUCAUUCUCCUUCACAACUCGCUUAACUUCCUCCACCCGUAAAAAACAAACCCCCAUGAUCCACCCACCUUCUUCUCCGACCCACGACCCGCUUACCGAACCCGAAUACAAUUUACCCGACCCCACCUCAGAUAUCCCCGACGAAUGUCUAGCACACAUCUUCCAGUCUCUCUCCUCCGGCGACCGCAAACGCUGCUCCUUAGUCUGCAAACGCUGGCUCCGCGUCGAGGGUCAGAGUCGUUUUCGCCUCUCACUCAAUUCCAACUCGGAGAUCUCAACUCACUUAUCUUCCCUCUUCUCCCGAUUCGACUCAGUCACCAAACUCGCUCUUCGAUGCGACCGUCGAUCUAUCAGCAUAAGCGACGACGACCUCGUUUUAAUAUCUCUCCAUUGUCGCAACCUAACUCGCUUGAAACUCAGAGGUUGUCGUGAACUCACUGACCUUGGAAUUACCGCCUUCGCUAAGAACUGUAAAUCUCUUAAGAAACUCUCAUGUGGGUCCUGCGUUUUUGGGGCUAAAGGUUUAAACGCUGUUCUUCAACACUGUGUUUUGUUAGAAGAAAUCUCAAUUAAACGUCUUCGUGGGAUUAACAACGAUGGUGAUUCUGAAGCUGUUUCUGAACCCAUUGGACCUGGAAUUGCUGCUAAAUCGUUGAAGAGUAUUUGUUUGAAGGAGCUUUAUAAUGGACAGUUGUUUGGGCCUUUGAUUGUUGGGUCUAAGAAUUUGAGAACGUUGAAGUUGAUUCGAUGUUUAGGUGAAUGGGAUAGGGUUUUGGAAUUGAUGGUUAGUAAUAAUGAUAAUAAUGGGUUGGUUGAAAUUCAUCUUGAGAGGAUUCAAGUUACUGAUUUCGGAUUAUCUGCAAUGUCUAAUUGUGCUAGUUUGGAGAUUUUGCAUCUUGUUAAAACCCCAGAGUGUACUAAUUUAGGGAUUGUUUCGAUGGCGGAGCGGUGUAAGUUGCUUAGGAAGGUUCACAUUGAUGGGUGGAGGACUAAUAAGAUUGGGGAUGAGGGUUUGAGUGCUUUAGGGAGGAAUUGUGCUAAUUUGCAGGAGUUGGUUUUGAUUGGGAUUAAUCCCACUACUUUGAGUAUUGAGGUGAUUGCUUCUAAUUGCCGGAAUUUGGAAAGGUUGGCACUUUGUAGUAGCGAGACUAUUGGUGAUGUGGAGAUGUCGUGCAUUGCUUCCAAAUGCAUUGCUUUGAAGAAGUUUUGCAUCAAGAGUUGUCCUAUUUCGGACAAUGGCUUGGAGACCUUGGCUUGGGGAUGCCCUAAGUUGGUUAAGAUCAAGGUUAAGAAGUGUCGGGAUGUCACUCGAGAUGUUGUCGAGUGGUUGAGGGAGAGGAGGGAAUCGUUGAUUGUUAAUCUCGACGUUGAUGAGAUUGAGGCUGUUGAUGCUAGUGCUAGUGAGGCUGGAGGAGGUAAUGAGGAUAUUGUGGAUUUUCAAGCAGCAGAGAUAGAAGGAGGAACUUCUAUUCAGCCUCCUAUAAGGAGUAAUGGUCGCGGCUCGUUGUUCAGGGCAAAGCUUAGCUUCUUGUUUGGUAGGAAUAUAGCAGCUUGUGCUCUGAGAAGGUGGUCAAGUAAUGGUAAUCAAUGACCAACAAUUCAACCAGCAAUUCACAGAAAAAAAACUGUAAUUCAUUUAUCCUUUUUUCCAGUAUUAUCUAUAUCUGAUGCAGUGCCUGCUUUCUGCUUAUUUGUUUUCUUUCCAGUUCACCUUUAAUAUGCAGAAUUCGAAAUUGCAACAAUUGUUUUGGAAGAUGUGUUCUUCAAUAUUCACUUUAGUUGUAUGUUCAGUUUCACUAUGUACUAUUUCUAGGCAUGGCUAGCCACACCACAAGUAUUAUUGCCAAGGUUCAUUUGCCAUUGUAAGCUGAUUGAAAAUCUGUAUAAAACUUCGAUGAAUUCUUUGCUCAA